AUGGACUCUCCAGACUACUCAAAUGGGCAUCUUGGAGCGAUUAUGAGUGAUGAGGUUGCCUACUGCCAUGCCUGCUCUAAUGGAUGGCACCGCGCGGGCCACGGCUUAGUAUGCCCCAAUUGCAGCAGCGAGGUCAUGGAAAUCACAAUCCCAGACAGCGAUCCUCCAGGGUUUAGUGACGGCUCGCCGUCAACGCUACCCGCACUUCAUGGCCAAUAUCAUUUCCACAACGGAAAUGACCACGACCGCAACCAUGGUCGCGAUCAUGAUAACGAACAUAAUAACGGUCAUGACUCAGACCUCGACGAAGCUGUUAUAGAAGAACACAUGAGCCCGCAUGGUUUGAAUCACCACCGCAGCGUUAGGGACCGAUCAGGCUUUCCUAAUCAUGAGCUUGAUGUCGACCUGAUACAUAAUUUGUCACCACCACCGCCGCCACACAGUGCAGGAGGGCCUGACAUGCUUCAACAACGACGAGGAAGCGAGGAAUAUCGAUUCGGAGGGCCGCAAGUCCAUCGCUCUACCUUCAUGAACGGCAGCGGCAGUGCGUCUGCCACCAUUUUCUCUGGACCAUCUUCAGGAUUCUUUCCCCCGGGAGGGUCCCCUCCGUACGACCACCUUGACGAGCUAUUUCAGGCGUUGACGGAAGGCUUGGACCUAAUCGUCACAUACGCUAUAGAAGCGCAUCGACGACCGAACGCAGCACCGCCAGCGUCGGUCGAAGCGCUUGCUAACCUGUACCGACGACCUGUAGACUCUUCAAUGUGGGAGAGCGGGUCAAAAACCGAAUGUGCCAUCUGUAUUGAUGAUAUGAAGAUGGGUGACUUGGCCGCCUUCUUACCUUGUAAACAUUGGUUUCACGAGGCAUGCGUCGUUUUAUGGCUCAAGGAACACAACACAUGCCCGAUGUGUCGAGCGUCUAUUGAAAAGGAUAGCGAUGGCAACAGUGGUAGAACUUCAAACGGAAAUGCAAAUACAUCCGGACCCAGUAGAUCAUGGCCAUCUCAACCGGAUGAUCAAUCUGGGAAUGGGCUGAACCGUAGCGGCCCGCUCCCUAUCCCUGGCCCCCGACCGUCCCAGCUCUCUCGGCCUCUAAGUCAAAGCCAGAGCCGACUGAACGAGGCCUUGAGAAGCAUCUCAUUGAGACAGGAAGAGUCACAACAGCAACAAGAGUGUGAGCGUGAGAGUCAUGUCUGGAGCGUUUCAUCUCCAGCAGAGCGCCAGCGAGAUGAAAGCGAGCAAGAUAGCGGCGAAGCUCACGAAACUCUAUUUCCUCAACAAGACCUAGAAUGA